AUGUACCGUACGCUCGCUCCGCUCCGCGCGCCUCCUCCCUGCCUACCCGUCCAUCCCUGCGGCUUUACAUCCGAUCGGGUCGGUCCAGGACCCGGGAAGACGGGCGGUCGCACCGUUGGAUGUGUUCCCCUCCUCCCGGUACCGAUCCGUCGGUCAGUGCUGCAUCCUCCUCGGCUCAGCCUCGACAGUCCUCCUCCUCCUCCUCCUCCUCCUCCUCCGCGGCUGAUGCUGCUGCUCUUACGUUACCGUGAUCCCGCGCGGCAUCGCAUCACAUCACGUCACCGUUACAGCCACCGCCACCGUCGCUGCCCGCAGUCACCGUUUCCGUGAAGUUCCCAGCAGCCCCGGUGCUCCUCUCUCUCUCCUCCUGCCGGUCCAGGCAGCGGGCGCUCGGUCGCUCGGUGUGUUUCAGCACGCAGGCGCACCGGAGAGAGAGGGGCGCUGUGCACGAGGGCUGCAGCAGCUGCUGCACUGAGAUACACACACACACAUAGACACACACACACACACACACACAACCCCCGCCUGUCCCAGUUACUAUUAGCGUUACUGUUACUUUCGGUACCGUUACUACAACUAAAAUGAGCUAUAGUUAUAAAACUGUUAGAAUAUCAUGUACUGUAUUUUACCGUUUUGUGAUUUUAUUCAUUUUUUAUUCUUUUUUUAUAUUGUUGAUUUUAUUUUUAUUUUUAUGUUACUCUCUGUACCAUUUCUACAACCGGAAGGAGCUAUAGUUAUUAGACUGUUAUAAUAUUAGGUACGGUAUUUUACCGUUUUGUGAUUUUUUGUCACACAGUAGUGAGAUUUUUUUAUUUGUUUAUCUUUGUAUUCUUUUUUGGUUCUUUUUUCAUAUUGUUGGUUUUAUUUUUAUUUUUAUUUUUAUUUUUAUGUUUAUGUUACUCUCGGUACCGUUACAACAACCGAAAUGAGCUAUCGUCUUUAAAAUGUUAUAAUAUCAGGUACGUUUUUUUAACGUUUUCUAAUUUUUUUUAUUCAGUAGUGAGAUUAAUUGUUUUGAUUUUUUUAUUUGUUUUAAUUUAUAUUAAUUUUUGAUUUUUUUUCUUAUUGUUGAUUUUAUUUUAUUUUUUAUUUUUUAUUCAUUUAUUUCCCUAUUAGUGUGUUUUUUUAUAGUCCUUUUUGUACAAGACUGAGUUUGAUUUAAAACUUAACUUAAUUCAGAAAAAAAAAAAACCUGACUUAUAUAAAAUUUAAAAAAGAAAAAACCUAAUUAAAAAAAACACAAACAGGUUCAAUAUGAGCACAUUGAAAUAAAAUUCAGAGGGCUAAUUGGAGCAGCCAUAACCCUACCCUUCUUUCCUACAGUCAUAUAAACAUUAAUAAAGUUUCCAAAUAAAGGGGUUAAAAAAAUAAAUCUAUAUUCAAAAUUAGCUGAAAAAUAAGAUUGUUAAAAUUUAGGAGAGAUUGAAAAACAUUGAAGCGUUUAUCUCUGAGAAAACAUAAGUGCAGUUUUAAGAUGAAAUAUUUUUCUAAUGUUGUGUUUAAGAAUAAGAGUCAGAGAUUCUAAUCCUUUAAUGAAUAUUUGAGAUAUUUCUGAAAUAAAUAGGGGAUUUGUCAGACACUAAACAGCAGUAGUUUCCUGCUGAAUGAAUGAAUGAAGCUAAAACUAAAGCGUCACCUAGAGGACGACUGAAGACAUAGCACCCUUUACACUGGCCUCUGUCUAAACUCAGGAGCUUUCUCUGCUUGAAAAGAGGACCGAGAGUUUAUAUGAGACUGAAUAUUUUAUUGUAAAAACAUCGUUAGACUGCAGGCUUUAGACGUUUUUAUAAAUAUACAUAUUUCCGUGUUUAGCUUUGACAAAAAUCCUGCUGUUAAAGCCUGUUACAUAUAUAUUAAUUAGAUAGAUAAAGAGAUCUUUUUAUUUGCCUCACUUUGGUGCAGGGGGAUGCGCCGUCGCAGCGUCAUGACGUCACGUUGCCGUAGAAACAGCAGAGCGUUGACCCCAAUUCAAGGGGCUAAUAGUGCUAUGGCGAAAACGUGAAUUUUGUCGCUCUUUUGCCGUUGUAAGCCCAAUUUCGAAAAUAAAAAGUCGCGGUUAAUGUCACUUAGUUCGUGUAUAUCGGUUUCCCUUUUUUUCAGCGUGUUGUUUGCGUGAGUUUUAACGAUAAUUGAAGAUUUGCUCAGCGUGGAUGCUAACCAUGAUGCUAACAGGCGUUUUAAAGAAGUCUGUGACCCCCGAGGGUCUGUGACACAACGAGGGGGAGAGGUGAGAUAUCUGAAUGGUUUGUUACAGACGUUUUUUGGAUAAUGUUAUAUUUAAAACUUGUAGAGCUAACACUUAUAGUUGGCAGUUCCUGAAGUUUAUCCUGUGUCUACUUAAAAUCAUCCUAUAGAAUAAAAGCAGGUCCCAGUAACACCUGUGAGACUCCUUCUGCACAUUUCUGCAACAACAGUGGCUUUUUUGACUAUUUUAAGGGUGUUACGGUGAGAAUGGAGUCCCAGGUGGAGGAGCCCAUGGUGUUGGAGCUGAAGAGACAACUAGACGAUGAAGACCUGGACCUGGAGCAGAGAUUUAACCUGCUGAACUCUGGAUUAAACAGUAAGACCACCAGCAUCAUGCCUGUCUGACUUAGCGUUACCCUCAGCUGUCUUUCUUUUAGGGCUUCAAACAGCCAUCUCUAACCCAGUCUUUCAUCUCAAGUAUUUUUGUGAACUCUGCUCUCGCUUACUUAGUGUUUAUCUCUGUCAGGGGUAUUAAACACGGCUGCGGUGCAGACAGACAGCAGCGUGUUGACUCAUGUGAAGUCUCAGCUGUAUCUGAGCGGUGUCCUGAGUCACUGCAUCCUCGUUCUGUCUCAGGAUCCCAGAAAGCUGCGGGGAAACUGGAGCGGCGCUGCCACGCUCGCCCAACUCACCAGGUGAUGCUUUGCUUUGACAGUCGGUCAUUCAUCAGACAGGAUCGAUUCAAAUAAAUCCAACAAAGGGACUGGUGUCUUUUGUUUCUUUAAACUUUUUAAACGUCUGUAAGUUUUAAAAGAUGUUUUAAGUUCUAAGAUGUUUUCCCUCACCUGUCUGCAUGUCCAGUUCCUGUUGUGUGGGGGUGGAGCCAGACAGACGCUCAGAGGCCUUUCAUAGGCUGUUUCUGCCGUCUGUGAUGGAUGCCCUCCUGUCAUUGGCCAGUCAGCUGAUGAAGCAGAAAGAGGUGAGGAGCUUUCUUAAAUGAAAUGAGAGUUGUCUCUCUUCCUGUCUCACCUCCUGUCUCUCUGUCAGUGCGUGCCUCUCUUCAGGAAGGUGAUGGACUCGGUGGGCUGGUUGCUGAGAUCUCACACUUGGCUCACAGCUCAGGGUCAGUCACUUUCACUGUCUAUUGAUCUCCUCCUCAUAGACCCACUGAUUAGUUUAUUGAUCUGUCUGUCUGUUUGUCUGUGAGUGAAAAGAGCAGCGGGUCAUCAAGUGACAGCUGAUGUUUUAUGUCUUCUAGUUCUAAGCUCCGCCCACUACGAGCGGAUCCAGAUGUGUGAUGAUGUCGCCGUGUCUCUGCUGUGUGUGCAGUUGUGGAUACAGAUCUGCUCAGCCAGCAGGUAACACAGACACAUGUACACAGCAGGACCACCAGGACACCAGAUUUUACCACUUUUUAAUUAAUUAAUUUAUUUAUUUUGAAGGUUAAUUAUUAGCGUGUUUUUCUUUUAUUAGAGAAGAUGGACGAAAAGAGACGGGAAAUUUGUAAAGUGUAUGUAUGUUUACACCUGAACUCCAACUGAAACAUCCUGCUCUCUCUCUCUCAAUUCAAUUUCAAUUUUCAAUUCCAAUGAGCUUUAAAGGCAUGAUUGUUACUACGAUAUACUGCCAAAGCUUUUAAACAUAAAACAACAAUAUUGAUAAUAAUAAUAAUAAUAAUAAUGAGAAGAGAAAGAAAAAAAAUAACAAAGCAAUAAUAACAGUAAUAAAAAUAAUAAUAGCCAUAAAAAAAGCAAUAAUAACAGUUAUAAUAAUAAUAAUAAUAAUAAUAAUAAUAGCAAUAAAAAACAAUAACAGUAAUAAUUAUAAUAAUAAUAGUAUUAAAAAACAUUAAUAACAGUAAUAACAGUAAUAAUAAUAAUAAUAAUAAUAAAAGCAAUAAAAAAACAAUAAUAGCAGUAAUUAUAAUAAUAAUAAUAACAAUAAAAACAAUAAUAAUAAUAAUAAUAACAAUAGCAAUAAAAACAAUAAUAACAAUAAUAAUAAUAAUAAUGAAUAGAUAGUGACAGUUUCAUCAUGUUUGCAGAUUAACAUCUCUCUCUCUCUCUCUCUCUCUCUCUCUCUUUCUCUCUCUCCCUCUUCCUAUUUCUUUCUCUCUCUUUCUCUCUCUCCCUUUUUCUCUCUCUCAGAGACUUCCUCCCAGGUUUGAGCGACAACUCUGUCAUGCUGCUGCUUAACGAGGCUGUUGGCCAAUUAGCCGUCUGCCCCGAUGCUUCGGUGGGCGGCGCCUCCAUUAGACUGAUUCUCCUCCUGGCCAAUCAGCAGGAGCAGCGGGUCCAGCCCCUCCUCCUCGGAUUCAAAGGUCAGAGGUCACACAGGUUCACAUAUAUUAGUACUUUUUUUUUCAAAGAUGCGGGACUGAAAAAGAGACUCUGUCGAACUCUGAAGGUCUGGACAGCCUCUUGGACAAAGACUGGAGGGGGCGGGGUUUUGACAAAGACGUGAAUCAGCUGAUUGCUCUUAUCCAAUCAGAUGGAGGGAGAAGGAGUCAGUCCCAGGUCUGUGUAUCCCUAAAAUCUGAGGAACAUCUGAUCAAUCUCAGGUUACUCUAUCUGCCUUUUUACUACCUGUCUGCUGACCUCUGACCCUUCCUCUCUUGCUGUAGGUUGAUACUGAGCGUGUGCGGGCAGCAUGUGUAAUCCAGGCAGCCUGGAGGUCGUAUCAAACCAGACGCAGAGUAAAGAGCCUUCACAGAGUCAUGAGCACGCUACAGAAGAGAUACAGGUACCUGAUUGUGUGCGUGCGUGCGUGUAGAAAUGGACAGGGGAGUCAUCUAAGCUGUGUGUGUGUUGCGUUUGCGUGUGUUUGUAUCAGGGCUCUGAAGAGGCAUCAGCAGCAGCAGAGGGAGGCCCAGCAGUGGGAGGAGGAGUUGAAGUAUCAGGUGAGAGUAAUCCUGCGCGCGGAGUGAUGAUGCUGCAGGGAUCUGAAGUUAAAAAGAAGUGCUGUUAACAAUGUGUGAGAGCUGUGUGUGUGUGUGUGUGUGUGUGUGUGUGUGUGUGUGUGUUUCAGGUGUGUUUGAGGCGACAGCAGGCGAGGAGAAGGUUCCAUCAAAAACAGAGAGAGCUGCUGCAGCUGCUGCCUGCAGGUACACACUCACUGACACACACAAACACAGGAAGUCUAUUACUUUUGUUCAUAUUCUCAUAAACAACGCAGCCUGAUAAAGUGGAAGGAAACGUAUCGACACUUAUUGACCAGCUGUCCUGGUUAAAAUGUCUGUGUGUGUGUGUAUGUGUGUGUGUUCAGAGCAGGUGCAGCCAUACCUGCAGGAGUGCGAGCGUCGUGCAGCCAUCGUGAUCCAGAGUUUCUGGAGAGGCUUCAGAGAGCGCAGAAGCUACAACGACACACACAGACAUACACUGAAACUAAUGCAGACCAGGACACAAGCAGCAAAGACACUGCAGAGAGCGGUACACACACACACACACACGCACACACACAGCAGGAAGCUGAUUCUGCCUCUGGAUAUAGAGAAUAUUUAAUAACAGUAACAGGACAUUCACACAUGACUCCUUCUCCUUUCAGGUGCGUCAAUUUUUGCAAAAACGUCGAGCAGCCAAAGCCCCUCCCAUCCCACCUUUCUGGAUUGGUCAGAAAGGUUUGACGGACAGCAGGAGGGUGGAGCUUAGGAGACAGGUGGAGGAGUACACCUCACUACAUCCUGUAAGAGACUCUGAGAAUCAUCAGAUGAGUUUCUCAGGAUGUUUUGAGUAAUACUGACUCUCUCUGUGUGUGUGUGUGUGUGUGUGUGUGUGUGUGUGUGUGUGUGUGUUGUGUGUGUGUGUGUGUGUGUGAACACAUGCAGUCAUCCCGUGUGUCCUCUCAGGAGUGCGAGCGUCUCCAUGAGGAGGUGCAGCUGCUGAUUCGGUCGGAGCUGCAGCGGGGGGAGCAGCAGAGGAGGGAGGAGGAGCGGAUGGAGGCUCUUCUGGCUCACACACACACACAGCUGGAGCUGCUCAGAGGUCUCUUAAACACUUCUUCUCCUCCUUCCUUCCUUCCUUUGUUCCUUUCUCUCUCCUCCUUCAAGCAGGAAGCGUCCACUUAUCAUGAACCUCCAUCUGAAAGUCCUCGUGAGCAGAGAGCCGCCUGCAGACAGAGAUAGAGCUCAGAUUUUUAUCAGUCAUGUGCAGGAGGGAAAAUCACUGUGAGGGGGUAAAAUGAAGUUCUGCACAGGUGGAUCUGAGGUCACGUGUUCACCAAAGUGAGAGGAAAACACAUCACCAUUUAUGGUCUCUCUACCUGCUCUCCAGAUGCCCCGCCUCUUUCUGUCAUCACGGCAACAGCAGCAGAGUCCUUCCUGAGCCCCUCUGGUCCCAUCGCCACUCGGGCCCGUGAUGCCCACAACGCAAUUCUGCAGGCAAGCCGGCUGCCCUGGUGGAGGACACUCGGAGAGACGGCUGGUGUGGACGAGAUUAACCCUGCCAACCUGCAGGAGUUGGAGGCGGAGCUCGGAGGACUGUUUGUGGGCGGGUCGACAGGGGUCGCCAAAGUCUCUGAAGUGGAUGGACGUCACCUUUGA